AUGCGGCGGCUUAUUUCUCGAGGCGCCUCUGCUCCUCGAGCUUCCAUGGCGGCGGCCAGGAUGACCUCUGUCUCCUCAGUGCUGGCUCCCCGGGGGAUUCAUGCCUCAUCGCGGCAUCUGAAGCCUGUCGCCGCCGCGGCCGCACAGAGCUAUCCCACGACCCAUGAGAAGAUCGCCAAGGUAGAGAACACCCCUUACUUCCUGAACAACGAGUUUGUGCAGUCCAAUACGGACAAGUACAUCGACCUCCCGGACCCAGCUACCAACAAUCUCGUCACCCGUGUGCCUCAGAUGACGGAUGCGGAGAUGGAGGCUGCUGUUGAGAGCGCUGAAUUGGCGUUCAAGUCGUGGAAGAACACUACCGUGCUCCACCGGCAGCAGAUCAUGUUCCGCUUCGUGCAAUUGAUCAAGGACAACAUGGACCGUCUGGCCGCUAGUAUUACUCUAGAGCAGGGCAAAACCUUUGCUGAUGCCAAGGGUGAUGUGCUCCGUGGUCUCCAGGUCGCCGAGGCAGCUGUUGGAGCCCCAGAGCUACUCAAGGGAGAGGUCCUCGAGGUUGCCAAGGAUAUGGAGACCAGGAGCUAUCGCGAGCCCCUGGGAGUAGUUGCUGCUAUAUGUCCCUUUAACUUUCCGGCAAUGAUUCCUCUGUGGUGUAUUCCUAUCGCUACCAUCACCGGCAACACACUUAUCCUCAAGCCUUCAGAGCGUGAUCCAGGAGCCGCCAUGAUUCUUUCAGAACUCGUUCAGAAGGCCGGCUUUCCAGACGGCGUUGUGAAUGUGAUCCACGGUGCUCAUCGUACUGUUGAUUUCAUUCUGGACGCACCAGCUAUUAAGGCCAUCAGCUUUGUCGGAGGCAAUAAGGCUGGCGAGUACAUCUUUUCUCGAGGCUCUGCCAACGGCAAGCGCGUCCAAGCCAACUUGGGGGCCAAGAACCACGCUGCUGUCCUCCCCGAUGCCAACAAGAACCACUUCAUCAACUCCGUGGUUGGAGCUGCCUUUGGAGCUGCUGGUCAGAGAUGCAUGGCUCUCAGCACGCUAGUCAUGGUUGGCGAGACAAAGGAGUGGCUUCCCGAGAUUGCCGAACGAGCUCGGGCUCUUCAGGUCAACGGAGGCUUUGAGGAGGGUGCCGACCUGGGACCUGUCAUUUCCAAGCAGAGUCUGGAACGGAUCGAGCAUCUUAUUUCUACGGCCGAGAAGGAAGGUGCUACUAUUCUCCUUGACGGGCGGGGUCAAGCACCAGCGAAAUAUCCCGAUGGGAACUGGAUCGGCCCAACUAUUAUCACCAACGUCACACCAGAGAUGACCUGCUACAAGGAAGAAAUCUUCGGUCCUGUACUAGUGUGUUUGAAUGUGGAAACUAUUGAUGACGCUAUUGAGCUUAUCAACAACAACGAGUACGGCAAUGGAACAGCCAUCUUCACGCGGUCGGGCUCGACAGCAGAGACAUUCCGACGCAACAUCGAGGCAGGCCAGAUCGGUAUCAAUGUCCCGAUCCCAGUGCCUCUGCCCAUGUUUUCCUUCACCGGAAACAAGAAGAGCAUUGCUGGUGGCGGGGCAAGCACCUUCUACGGUCGACCCGGCAUCAACUUUUACACCCAGCUCAAGACUGUGACCGCGCUGUGGCAGAGCGCAGAUGCGGUGGCCAAGAAGGCGAGCGUUCACAUGCCGACGCUUCAGUGA